CGCUGCAUUGUUUUCGAAUUAUUAUUGAUCAAAUAUGAAAUUUGACAGUAAAAGUUGAUAAUUGGCAUAGGGCCUGGAUCAAGUCUCUGUGACGUAACUUAAGGAACAAGUCAAGCGCUUGUUAUCAACGAUUAGAUGGCGGAGUUGAAUUCUGAUUCGGUAAGCUCUCAUAGUUCGCAAUGUGAUUCGGAGUAUGAUUAUAUUCCCGGUUAUGUCAUCGAAGAUGAAACAAGGAACAUUAAUGACCAGGAAUAUAAUAUAAUAGAUGAAAAUCACGGCGAGUCCGAGUCCUAUCUAUACGCUGAUGAACCAAUGGCCGAACAAGCAUGGUAUGAAGACUACGUGGAAAAGUCAAAUGAACAUAAAAAGCAACUUGAAAUGCUACAAAAAAGACUUGAUCACACAGUUGAGUUGAGUUCUUGGUGCAAGUGUGGUUUUUGUCAAGUUACACUUCUUCAGAAUCCUCUAGAGGCCUGGUGCUGCCAAAAACUUAAGUCUGUAGCUGAAAGCUUAACACACCAGUCGGUUCUGGCAGAUCUGUGAACUAUUCCAUGUUGUGUCACUCUACACCCAGGUUUCAGACCAGUUUGUUUGGAAAAGU